GCUGCGAAAUCAGCGGAUUCGAUAACGCCACCCAAGGCGAAUUUAUACUUAAAAUUCGCCUUGGUUUUUUAUUGGAUUAACUCCCUUCUGCUCCCGCAACAUUUUAGCGCAAAUUUCACUUGUUUGCAAUUUAAAGCAAUCGUCAACUGUUUAAUAAUAAAGAACUUUAAGAAUUUUUGGAUUCUAAAACAUUAUUUUGUGGAUUGAGAUAACUUUGAAUUUAAUAAGAAUAAGCUAAGGCCAGGGAGUUUGAUCAGAAGACGCAAGGUGCUAGCAGUUGUUUCCGAAAAGUAUUUGCGAGUGAGUGCAAACGUUUGUAUACAACGCAUAAUUUGGUUAAACAAAAAAAAAAUAAACAAAACUACUCCAUACAAGAAGCAGCAGCAGUCUCUCCAAUUUGGGGGGUUCUUGUCUAUAAAAAACACUAAGCAAACUUCCAGGCCACAGUUUGUUUUCUAUAUAUGUUCGAAAAAUGUCGACAAAUUUGUUGGAUUCUGGUGAUUGUGGGGAUGGUCGAGAUGGAAGGCGAGGAAAUUAUAAGGACAUCUAUGAAUUGUUAGAGGAAUUAUGCAAAACUUUGGCAAGUCCUUCUGAUAAUCACAGGGAAAUUUUGCGACACGUUACACAGUACAUAUCCAAUUGUCCGACAGCUUUGAGCUCAACAUUGCCUUACGAUGAAACUUCGUUACUGACGAAGAUUGCAAAUCACCUUGAUGCCACAGCCGCAAGAGCGGCGACACCGACUGCGCCGUCCGCUGAUGCAACAAAAACGGGUACUGGAAGUUCUGCUGAAGACUCGACAGGAAUUGCAAGCAAUAGCGCACUGUUUUUAAAGUUUCACGAACAACUGAAAGCAUCACUUCCGAAUGAGCAAAAACGUACCGCUCUUCUGACAUUCUUAUAUUUCAUGGCGGACUCUAAGUAUCCAUCUGAGAAUGGUUACAAUGGCGGAGUCGGCAACAACCAGCGCAGUCAUUUAAUGCCCACAGCAAACUCUGCGCUUCAAUCAAUACGUUCUCAUCUGAUGCAUAAAUCUGUUGCUCAGGCGCAGUCGAACAAUUCCACACUUCCGUCGGCCACCAGAUCACAACAUACAAUGCUAACAGGGCGUGGUGCAUUUAGCCGAUUUACCCCUGAAAGCGAUACGGCCGGUGGCAGUGUAGGGGGUAGCCAUGGUACUCACUUUUCAACUCUGCGAGCGCACAGCAGUAAAUCACUGGAACUCCAGCAUAAUCUCAACGAUGACAUAGUACAAAAUAUUAUAUACGCAUUCACAGGAAUACAAGGCAAAUACCUUAAGAAGGACGUAAUCUCAGGUCGUUUUAAAUUGGAUUCAAAAGCAAAAACUUUAAGCGUGGUGCAGGCUGGCAUGUUGCUAAGGCUUUCUGAAUUGGGCUAUUUUCACGACUUGGUUCAGUCAUACACGGAUACCAAGAGCGGUUUGUGUCCCCUGGGUUUUAUGGGACAAGGAUUUGUUUCUGCGUUGAAAAAUGAGUUGACUAGGUACUAUGGUAUGGUUGCUACUCUUCAGGAACAGCUUAAUAGACAAAGAGAUUUUGAGCAUAAUACUAUUUUAAAAGGCAAUAGUAUCGUGCCAAUGCGUCAUGAACAACUAACAUUAAUGAAAAUUCUCGUAUGGUCCGUUGAUGCUCUUAAAAGGCUCAAGUGGCUAGCCACCAUAGCAGCUGCGUGUCAGGAGAAAAAAGGUGGUGCACUCGCUUCAACGGUACACAGUUUUCUGAAUAACGGCAACCCUACUGUAAAGUCCUUGGUCCGUGAACUUUUGCUUGCGAUUUGUGGGCCUCUCUAUCAAAUGCUAUCACAUUGGCUGCUAGAAGGGGAAAUCAAUGAUCCGCAUGGCGAGUUCUUUAUUGAAUGUCUGGCCGAAGUUGGACCCGAUCGCCUGUGGCAUGAUAAGUAUCGGGUACGCACAUCUAUGUUACCCAAUUUUGUCUCAACGGAAAUGGCACAUAAAAUUCUGGUUACGGGGAAAAGUAUAAAUUUUUUGUGUGAAGUAUGCGAAGACAAUAGACCAGUUAAAGGACGCGAUGAACUACGUCAGUGUAUUGAAGAAAAUGCUGAUCAUAUAUUUUCACAUGUUGCUGAUACAAAAUUGCAUUCAACAAUUGAUGCUAUUUACUUGAAUACUUCAAAACGUGUUCUAGACAUUGUCAUGGGACCGCACAAACUUCUUGAACACCUACAAGCAAUGCGUCGCUAUUUGCUGUUAGGACAAGGUGAUUUCAUCGGAAUUCUCAUGGAAAAUUUAAAAUGUGAACUGGAUAAACCGGCAAAAGAGCUUUACUGUUACGACCUCUCAUCGAUAAUGGAUGCCGCAAUACGUUCUACAAACGCACAAUAUGAUGAUCCUGAAAUUCUGAACCAUUUAGAUGUGCGAUUAUUAACACCAUGUGAUGGUGAUAUCGGUUGGGAUAUACUAUCAUUACAGUAUACCGUACGUGGUCCCUUGGCUACUAUGCUUGAACCAUGCAUGGGCAUUUAUCAAAUGCUAUUUAAACCACUUUGGCGCAUGAAGCACAUGGAGUUUGUACUAUCAUCAAAAAUUUGGAAAGAUCAAAAGUGUAAUGCCAAGCCGCUUCGUUCUAUGGCGAGCGAAUUAAAUCAGGUGCUCUACCGCUUGCAUCUACUCACAUCCGAAAUGAUACAUUUCAUACAUCAAAUGCAGUAUUACAUACUCUUCGAAGUGAUUGAAUGCUCCUGGGCCGAAUUGCAGGAUCGUGUGCAACAGGCUAAAGCAUUAGACGAUAUACUCAACGCUCAUGAUGAUUUUCUUAAUGCCAUUAAGUGUGGGGCAUUUCUCGACUCCGAUUCUGGGCAGCUAUGCCAAAAUAUGGAAAAUGUAUACGAUGGUAUAAUACGAUUAGAAUUGUGGCAGGACAAAUUCUAUGAAAUUUGCUUUAAGGAGCUAUCAGCUCGCAAAGAAUAUGAGAAUCAUAUUCUAAUAUCCGAAAAGCUGGGCAAAUUUGGGGUGACUGCAGAGCGCCAGUUGGAGCGGGAUCAGGAGCUCAAGAUAUUCGAACAGUUCAUUGGAAGCUACCACAAAUCACUGGAUAACAUUUGUGCUGAUUACGAAAAGGCCGUACGCUGUUUCUUGUUGACGCUGAACUCUCACAACGACCAUAAUUUACAGCUAUUCGGGAUUCGUUUAGACUUCAAUGAAUAUUACAAAAAGCGAGAUCAGCGUCUGUGUGUGCCACUGACAUUCGAGCACAUGCGAAUGAGUAUUAUGUUCAACGGGAAUAAGAGUUUGGCGAGUAGUCGAUACUCGGCAGUGAAUUGA